AUCAAAAUCAAUUACUUAAUAAUACGCCCAAUAGCAAUAAUAAUAAUGUAGCAAUUUUAAAAUAUUUUCAACGAUUACAACAGAUUAAUAUCGAUACAAUUCGUUGGAUGAAACAUUUGAAUUUGACUGAUUUAUAUUAUAAUCGAUUACCUCAAAUUGAAAAAAAUAUAUUUUCGGAUACGGAAAAUAUAAUCAUUACUGCUGCUGAUCAUAUUGAUAAUGAUUAUGAUGAUAAUGAUAAUCUAAUGUUGACUAAAUUUAAUCUAUCCGAUAUUGAUGGUUUUGAUUCGAAAAAUAAUUUUAAAGAUAGAAUUCUUCUGUUUCAUCUUCGAUUAAUCAAUCGAAUCGAUACCUAUAUUUAUGCUGAUCAGCCAAUAACCGAUGUAGAAAAUGAAAUUGAACAUCGAAGAUCAAAAGGAAUGAAAACUAAUUUGAAAAAAUCUGAAUUCAAAGUAAUAACGAAAAUAAUUUUGGGUGCAAGAUUAUGUGAUCCAUUGGAAUAUGGUGCCAAUUUAUCGGUAGUAAUAUUUGUUGUUACAAAACCGGAUGAUUUUCAUUUACGUUCAUUAAUUCGUUCAACAUGGGCAUCAAAAUUUCAAUCGAACAGCAAUACAAGUCGAUUAUAUUUUGUAUUCGGUAGAAUAAUGCGACAAAAAUUAUUUGAUUUUCGUAAAAUUGAUGAAAUGAUACGACAAGAAAAUGAUCAUUUUAAUGAUAUUAUUCAAUGGAAUUAUUCGGAAGAUUAUUUUCGUUUAACAAUCAAAUCAAUGGCUAUUGUACGUUGGGCAAGUAUUUAUUGUCCAUUAGCUGUUAAUGUAUUUAAAGUUGAUGCAGAUGCAUUAAUCAAUUAUGAUAAUUUUAUUGAAUUUUGUCAAAAAUUAAAACAAAAUUAUCAAUAUAAUCAGCAAAAUAAUAAUGCAGCAAGAUUUGCAAUCUAUGGAAAUCUAUGGAAUAAUACUGCUGUUAUACGAUUACAAAAGAAUAAAUUUUUUACAAGUUUUCAUGAUUUUCCAAAAAAAUUUUAUCCACUUUAUACUGGUUCAGCAUGGCUUAUGAAUGGUCGUUCAAGUUGUUUAUUUAUCUAUUUAGCUGCUAUACAACAAUCAAUGCCAGCAUUAUUAUGGGAAGAUAUUUAUAUAACUGGUAUUGUACCGGAAAAAUUGGAAAAAAUUUCAAAAAUUCCGUUCAAACGUUAUCAGAUGCCUGGUUUUCAAUUCAAUGUUAAACCAAAACAUAUUGAUCAAUGUAUUUAUAAUCGUAGUAUUAUAUUCACUGAACAAAUGAAAGAAACAAAUUUACAAUCAAUAUGGAAUCAUGUAAAUAACAAUUCUGUUGAACAAACGAUAACAGAUUCAAAUCAUACGCCAUUAUCAUGUAAAUUUCAAUUAAAUUGAUAAUUACAUUGUUUUCUCAAUUAACCACUGUGAUUUUUGUUUGUUUGUUUGUUUUUUUUUUGUAAAUAAGUAAACGCAUUUGAUUUGAUAAUUUUAAAAAUCAUGAAU